GUGAAAGCAAGUAUGAAAAAAAACACACUCAUGAAUAUUAUAUAUUUAACAUUAAAAUCACAGGUAUAGCUGCUCUUUCCUCCCAGUUCAGUUGAGUGUGGUUUAUCUGGCCCCUCCUCCGGUCCUCCUAUGAUCAGACCUCUCCUCUCUCCUCUCCUCUCCGGUCCUCUGCGGUCCUCCAGCGUUUCUUACCUUCUUGUCUGCUCUCUGAGCCUCGUUGUCUGGCGGUGAACUCUCACCCCAGCUGCUGGUGAAAUGUCAUACAGGCAGAGAGGCCCGUGCUGCAGUAGGGGGGCGUAAUAGGAGGAAAAAAUAACAACAUUUUCUACAGCUCUCUCUCUCUGCAUCUCUCCUCUCCUCGUCUCAGCCGAGCAGCUCCUCAUCCCGCUACCAGCAGCAGACCAACACUAACCGCAGUCUCUAUGCUGGUCUCGCAUUAGGGCUAAUAUAUAUAUAUAUAAAUAUAUAUAUAUAUAUAUAUAAAUAAAAAGAUCCGUGCCAGACAUGGGGGAGAACAUGAUGCUUCUCUUGAAGAUGUCAGUCCAGCAAACUAACUGGCUUGUGACGACGAUGCCCAGUCGAAGAUCCUGGGAUUGAUACGUGAAUCCCUUUACACUGAUGGCCUGGACUGAGUUUCAGCUGGCCUGCUGAAGCUAUGGGGAGCUGUUGGAGCUGUCUGUACAGAGACCCCAUCCGAGACAACCAUCUCACCAAAUUCAAGGUCACCAAUGUGGACGAUGAGGGCAACGAGCUGGGCUCUGGGAUCAUGGAGCUCACCCAGACCGAGCUCAUUCUUCACACACGUAAGAGAGACGCCAUCCGGUGGCCGUAUCUCUGCCUGCGCCGCUACGGCUACGACUCCAACCUGUUUUCUUUCGAGAGCGGUCGUCGCUGUCAGACUGGGCAGGGAAUCUUUGCAUUCAAGUGUUCCCGGGCAGAAGAGAUCUUCAAUCUGCUUCAGGAGCUGAUGCAAUGUAACAGUAUCAACGUGGUGGAAGAGUCCAUGAUGAUGAGUCGCAGUGGUCACACACCAGAGAUGGAAAUGUCUCGCACACCACAGACUCCCAACACUCCAGCGUUCCCUGUCCAGGCUUUUCCCAACGGAUACCCUGGUUAUCCAAUCAGAGUUGAUUCCUCCCAACCCUCUCUUGCUGAUGAUCAUGGACAUAGCCUCAUGGGUUUGGAAGACCAGACCCACACCUAUGUAAAUACUGUUAGCAUGGAGGGGGAUCUCUCUAUGCGUCACUGUGUGCACUCCCUGCCUGAUGUGCGGCCCAGCUCUUUCCCUGAAACAACACGGGGAGCCAUGCCUGUCGGAGGCCAAGGAAACCCGCAGUCCAACGUUGGACUGCGGUGCUGUCCCCUGGAGGAGCAUAACGAUCCUCAGGUGUUCUUACAGCCGUCCUCGCAGGAGGUCAAAUUCAUGCUGGGCCCCACUCCGGCACAACGCCAUCUGCUGGAGAGAGAGCGGGACAGAGAGAGGGAGAGGCACGGGCACAAUCCUCACAACCUUCAGCCAGUAGAGGGUGCAACAGGCUCAGAGACGGAGGGAGAUGAGUCCUCCAUGCACCUGUGCAACUCUCACUCCUAUCACCAUUUCCAUCACCACGCGCACCGGCACCCGGGACUCGAGCACCCGGACAGCUGCCAGAGCGGCGAGCUCACCUACGAGAACAUCAACGGGCUGAGGAGCGGCCGGAAGCAGCGGCUGAGUCCCAGCAGCGUGUCGCAGUCUGUGGGUUCGAGCAGCAGCAGCAGCACCGGGGACAGUCACACGCACUCCCUCCUGCACCCGCACGCCCUCGGCCCGUCCUCUCUACCCCCGCAGGGCUACGCCUGCGAGAGGGGCAUGGGCGGAGGUCAUCGUCGGACAGCUCUGCUCAACUACGAGAACCUGCCCUCUCUGCCGCCGGUGUGGGAGUACAGCGCUCUGCAGCGGGACGACGAACAGGAAGAGGAAGACGACGAGCAGGAUGAGGAGGAAUACGAGGAAGAAGAGGAAGACUUUGACGAGUACGAGUUCUCAGAAGGCCCCGGGACGCCAAACGGGUACCACCAGGAUGGUCGGGGCAUCCACAGAGACGCCCUGCAGAACUAUGUCAACACAGAGCAGGUCCAGCCGCCCCGGCUCCGACACGCCUGCCCCCCGCAUCCACGGCCGUGUCAGCCAGACAGAGGGGGGCGAAUAUUUAGCUUUGAUUUCCGGAGACGAUCGAGGUCAGGGGUCGGAGGCUGUGAGCACGGCCACAUGCCUCCAUCGCGGCAGCUGAACUACAUCCAGGUGGACCUAGAGGGAGAAGCUCCCUGCCAAGCCCUCAGCAGCGGGGUUGCCCAGACCCAGCCACAGCACCAGCGUCUACCACCCAAAAAAUGUGGCCCGCAGGCACCCCGGCGCAGCGAAUGCUACGCAGUCAUUGACCUAAAGAAGACCGCUGCCAUGUCCAACCUGCAGAAAGCUCUGCCCAGGGAUGAUGGGACUUCCAGAAAGACUCGCCACAACAGCACAGACCUGCCUCUGUAAACGGUGUUCGAACUGAAGAGGAACGACGAAGACAGAUGAAGGCUUAUCCUCAUCUUAGCACACUGGACCCUUCACUGUCAUCCAUCCAUCCAACUGUCGGGCUGACUAAUACAGUACAGGUACCUAAUUAGAAACUUACUGAAACCUAUCUGUGCAUAUAAGAGGAAAUGAGAAAUCUCUGAGGAGAAUUUGCCAUUUUAUUCUGUGUUAUUUAUUAGAUAUGUGGUGUGAAGCUCUCGAGAAAUUGGCAGUUUUUAACUGCAAACACUGUUUGCUGGAUAUAUGGAUAUUUAUAUACAAGCAUAAAAUCAUUUUAUAUGAUUUUCUGCUUAUAUAUGACUUAGAGCAGAGACCUCUGCCAUUGCCAUACUGUAUUAGCAAAUUUUAAUUCACAAACCCAUCUCCACUCACACAUCAUCAUUUAGUUAUUCUACAUCAUGUGUUUUUUUUUUUUUUUACUUAAAUAUAUGAGAGUCCAAAAUGUGACCCUCCUUACAGAAGAAGUAGAGUAGUUGUUGGCGUGAAGGAAGGUUAAUGGUUCCUCCGAGAUACUGGCCAAUAUUCAUACCUCAUCACAAGCAUCUGAGUCUAAUACUGUGGCUAGUAGAAGAGACCAUUAUUUGUUACUAUAUGCCUAUAGAGCAUUUUGCACACAAUCCUAUGGAAUUGUAUUUUAUCAUAUUUUAGGGAAUGGUUUCGUCCAGUCCAAGAAAAAUGGAAUUCAAUGAACAGACAGUGAUAUUUGCAGAAUUAUACUAAAGUGAAUGAUGGUAAAAGUAGCACACAUGGAUUAAACGAGCUCUGGCUCCCUCCUAUCCACAUGCAGCAAACGAAAAAGUAGCAUAUCAUCUCCGAUCACGCCUCCUGCACAUCAUCCCAAGACCUGCAGGAAGGUCCACGCGGUUUACGCUUGUCACGUUGCACUUUUUGACCCUGGGCCACUGAAAUGCUCUUUGUCUUUACUCCCACUCCUCUGGAGCCGCAGGUUCUGACCGUGUCCUUUUUUUUUACCAAAAGCAGGGGGCCAAAUAUUUCACGGACAUUCUUAGUCAGCAUCGUCGAUGGGCUUUAUUUACAUGUUUUGAUGGAGACAUCAACAACCUCAAAUAGUGGCAUUAAGCUAUAACCUCACAUAAAAAGUGCUGAAUCUAUAAUUUGUCAGUUAUCAGGUGUGAAUGGUCUGUUUUUAAAAGGGUAAUCAAGUAUGUCGCAGUAAGUCAUGCAGUGGAGAUUUGUUGUGAGGCUAUUUAUCAACCGUAGUCAGAUAUUUAUUUAUUUAUUUAUUUAUUUAUUUAUUCAUUCUUUUAUUUUCUAAUGGUAAUAAUUUUCCAUGUGAUGACCAGCGUUUUUGUAAUCCAGUUGGUAAUAUGGAGACCAAAGUUUCACCUCAAAUUGUCACUGGACUACUGGUGUAUUACUGUUAUAACUGUGCUUAAUUAUAUUUUUAAAAAGAAAAAGAAAGAAAAAGAGACUGUAUUCAUAUUUUAAGUGCCAAAACUUAUUUGCAAACGUGCCAUUAGGAUUUGUAAGGAAACAAUAGGACAGAGAGGCGUGAGGUGAUAAUGGUCGGGAGACACACUUUUUUAAAAAAUCCAACUUUUUAUGGAUAAAUUAAAACGACAAAAACUGCACAUUCCACCUCAUCCACAUCGACAGCCAUUUGGGAGCGAGAUAUAAGAACGGUAAUCUUCUGAUAAUCACAGCCAGGGUGGUUUUAUGCUGCUACAUGUACAUACUAACAGUAGCCCGUGUAAGCUACAGGUACUUGUCAAAAUGAAAAACGUAUGUGUUUGAACCUUCAGUAUGCGAUGUCAGAUCUUUUACCAUAUUAAUAAUAGAAGUAGCAUUGUUGUGUUCUUCUGAGAUUAUUUCUGAGCAGUAGAAAUAUAUAAUGUACCAUUUCAGAGAAUGUUUUAUUUGGCCAAUAUUUCAUUUCAUCGAUUGCUGUCUUGACAAACUGGCUGUCUGGUCGGAGAGGUGAAGGAAGCACAGGCCCGCUGAUGCUUUCAUGUUUUUGUUGAGCGCUCAUAUCAAGGUGACGGAGGAAGGCCAAAUGUUCUACAUUUACAGAUUGUGGCAUUUAGUUGUAGCUUUUUUUAAACAGAGAUCAAUAUGGGACGCAAAUACAAAUUCUCAACUUUCGAUAAGGAGUUUUUUUUUGGCUUCUGUGUGACAUGAGGUUCAAAUCAAACAGGAUUUCUUCAAAUUCAUUCAUGCAACAAAAAAAAAAAACAGCUUCAAGUUUGGGAUUGGUGCUUCUAAUCUGUGCUAUAUAGAUAUUUAUUUUACAUUACAUAUAUUUUAUUUUGAUUUUUUAAUUUAGAAUGAUAUCAAAUUGUGAAAAGCAGUCAGAGCAGGGCUGUGCAAUUAGUCGAAUUUCAAUUACAAUUGCAAUUUUGGCUUCCAACAAUUAUGAAAACAAGAUAAUCGACAUAAAGCAUUCCUAAAUAAAGCAUCAAUAAAUCGCAUCCCUUUUCCUUUACAGCGGUACGCUUUCAACCAAAAUAAUUGUGAUUAUGAUUUUUGCCAUAAUCGAGCAGCCUUAAGAAAGCUAAAUACAGUGAAAGUUUGGCACUAGAUGGUUCCCAAACUCACAUAAUAUGUGAUGAUUACUCUGUUACGUUCAGAUAUGAUGCAUUUUUAUUUUAUGACAUGUCUUUUGAUUAACCGAAAUAGCUCAGUGUGCACACCAGUUUCCUACAGCUCAUGGGGCUACCUUGUUUUGUCCAACCAACAGUCCAAAAUUCAAUGAUAUUAGAUUUAGAUCAGAUCCUCAUAAAUAAGAAGCUGCAGCCAGCAGACGUAAAUGAUUCAUAAUAAUAAUCAACGGUUUCUAAACUGAAAUUAUCUCUUCAUAAUGUGUUAUUUUUACGUAUGUGAUAAACAAGUUAUUCACAGGUUUGUAGGACGGCAACUAAUGAUUAUUUUCCUUAUUAAUGAAUCUGGCAAUCUUUUGGUGCAUUAAUCGGUUAAUAUUUGGUUGACAAAAGGUCCAUCACAACUUUCCUGAACCCAAGGUGAUGUCUUCAAAUUGCUUGUUUUGUCCGACCAGCAAUCCCAAACUCCAAAGUAUUCCAUUUAUAAUGAUGUCAAACAGAGAAAAGCAAGAAAAUCCUUGCAAAUGCUCAGCAGUUUUACUAGGUAAGCGAGUAAUAAUCAUUUCAGUGCUACUAGUUUGAUGUUGUUUUUAGUUUCUGAUCAACAUUCCCAAAACAGACGUUUUAAAUAACCCAAAAUCAAAAGUUGAGAGUUUGUAUUUUUGUUUGAUCGUCAUACUUUAAUAUGACAUUUAAAAAAAAAAAAAGAAGUCUCUUCGAUGACAAAAAGGCCAACUUUUAGCAGACAUUUUUGACUGUAUUUGCAAAGAUAUUGUCAUGAUACAUUGGAAAGGAUGUUUACAUUUUUGCAAUAAUAGGUGAAUUAUUGUUUUGUCUAAAUCAGACCAAUGUGUGAAGUGUGAAAUUUAAAUAGUAGUCUAUAGAGCUGUGGGCUUAAUGUAUUUAAUCGCCUGUUCUUCUGUGAAUCAGCAGUCUUAUUUUUAUUUCAGGUACAAUGUUUACUUUUCAAUCUUCAUAGUACGAUUUCAGCUAUGAAAGUAAAAAAAAAAAAAAAAAAAGAUGCUUGUUUUCUUGAUUGUCCGACACUGUGUUUGCUUAAACUCACAUUAACAGUGCCAUACAGUAGGUGACCAUUGCCAGUACUUCAAUUUUAUUGUAUUAAACUUUUCAAACCAGUGGCGAUGUUUCAUACAAGAAUCAGAACGUGUUUCAUCUAAUUUCGCAGAAUAUUGUUACAUGUGGUUUUAUGGUCAUUUAAAAAAAAAAAAAAAAAAAAGUAUCCAUGUUGAAAUGUGUUAACGAUCUUUGUUAUAACGCAGUAACCUCACCACCACCCAAACCAGUUAACAUUGAUUACGGCAUCAUUACCACACACUCCUGUGUUUACUGAUUAAUAAUCAAAAUAAAUAGAUGUGUUAAAUAAUUGUUUCUCAAAAAACGCUCAUGUGAUCUCAUUGCACUUGAGUUCAAAUGAAGUGCAGCUCCCAUCCAUCGUACCUCAGUGGUUCCCACACUUGUUCUGCAAUAUUUUCAUGCCCAGACCAGUACAGUACCAUGAAUCACUUUUACUUAGCCUCGCCGCGUCCCUCCUUUUAUAACUCUCGGCCACCCUUAGGGCGUUCGCCCGCCAGUGUGGGAACCACUGCCACAACUCAUCGAGAUGGCUCGGGUGUUGAUGCUAUCUCUAACUAGUUUUCAUCACCUUCAGUGUUUACGCUCAAGGCGUCAAUCACACAGGUGUCUGCAAGUUUAACAAGCAGCAGGGCAAAGGUCGAGGUAACAACUUCUGUCAUUAAGUUCCUCAAACUGAAUUUAUUGAAUGGGUUGUUUAACAAAAGGGCUUGCUCUGUGCUCACUGUACACACAUGAACGCCAUUCAGUCCAUUUAAAGAAAUGUCUCACUGUGCCUUUCAUAUUCAACAUGUUCAUCGCUGUUUAUGAGAAUAACCUGUUGUAAAAAAAAAACAAAAAAGAAAAGAAAAACACCAUCCUGUGAAAGAUUUAAGACUGACAAGUUGGAAGGGGCUUUAGUCAAAGUGGUUUCAUACUUCAAGAUGUAUUUGAAAAGAAAAGUGCCAACUCCUGAUUGUUUUACACCAUACUGUAUUUUUUUAAUUAUGUCUGUUUAUUUGCUUUCUUGCUGAGUCAGAUUAGAAGAUUGAUGCCGUUCUCAUGUCUGUGCACUAAAUAUAAAGCUUGCAGAUGGUUAGCUUAGCUUAGCAUAAACACUGGAAUCAGGGGGAAACGGCUAGCCUGACUCAAAAUCUGCCUACCAGCACCUCUAAAGCUCACUUAACAUCUUAUAUCUGUUUUUUAAAAUCUAUUUAAUCAUAUGAAAAGCGUAAAAACAAUAAAUUGUGGGGGGUGGGAGGAGGUAUGUGACUGCAGGCAACCAGCGUAAACUCCAGAAAGUCACUGCCUCCGGCCAUGAAUAAUUCGAAACAUGAUUGAUUCUCAUUUAAUUGACUGCCAAACGAGAGCGGUAUCAACCGUCAUCAAUCAUCAGACUCUUGGCAAGAAUCCAAAGCGUAUCUCCAAAAAUGUUGAACUAUUCCUUUUAGGUGUGUUGACGUUGAAAUUGAAUGAGUCAUCAUUUGAGUCAUGAUCUUAAUAAUCUGUUCAGUGGUUUUUCGGAGCGGAAGUGAAAAUAGCCAAACCAGGUGUGACUGAAAACGUGUUGAAUCAUGACUCGUGUGUUCUGUAGCGUAUAAUGUUAAUUAUGAGUAGUGUGUUUGUCAUUAUAAUGUCAUGUGGCUACGGUGCACGCCAUGAUUCCUCAUCAGCCGCCAUUUCUUCUCAUAGUGCUGAAGAAUGUGACAAUAAAAUUACUUUUAGAGAUUUUUUUUUUUUUGUAUACUUUUCCAAUUUGUAACCAUCCAAAAAUGUGUUACGUAAGUCAGAUUACAAGAAUAUAGUAAGAACAGAAAGAAAAGGCCAGCAACACGGUUUGCGCCAUAGUGCUAUAAAUCAUCUUCAUCAGUGGUUUUUCAUCACCAUCUUCAAAAAUACAGGACAUCAUAAAUGACAUAUUGUAAAACCUCAACUUCCUGUCCAUGCUAUGAGAUAGAUCUCUGUCAAAAUACUGAAAGUAUCAGAAAACUGUAAUAUCUCUUUAUUAUUAUUAUGUGUUUGUUUGUUUUUUUAUCUGGUUGUUUUUGUCUGGUACGAGGGUGCGAUCACCACCAGAGGGUGACGUACGUGUACGGGUCUGAGCUGUACAUUUUUGUGUAUUUGCAUACAGGUUGCAUUGGCCUAACUUUGUGACUAUUAUAUCAAUUUACCAAUCGAAUGAGUGCCAAAUAUGCUCGAGCAUGACAAAAUGCGGGACCUGCGUGGAACUGUAGGUACUCUGUGACUCAUCGAGUGAGACUCGAGUGACUCGCUGCUGUUGUAGACUCUACUUGUGAUACGAAUGCACAGCUGAAGGUUUAACCAUGCUAAAUAUCUUUGCUGAAAAGAGGGGAAAUUUCUUUGUUUUUUUGUCUCAGUUUGACAAAAGCUUCUUCAAAUAUUUGUUGUAUGCUUCUGUGUUUCCAUCCAUGGCUUAUAAAUGAGUAUGCAGUGAUGGUCUUAUCAUGCUGCCAUUAGAGGUGAAUAUAAAAAAGCUGAUUUGCUUCAUUUGUUGGACUGUCAAAAAAUCACAUUUGGGUCAUUUUCAUUCUUGAAUCAUUCCACACAGAGAUGUACGUUAUCUGACUUCCUCUUCAUCCCACCCUGUUCCAAAACAAAGUGAGCCUGACAUUUGGUGACUUUUACCCUGAAUUAUAGUGUGGAUUUGUCCAAAAUGUAAAAGUAAAUGUAAUUCUAAUAUUAAAAUGAAGCUAUGAAAAUAUCUUAUUGCGCACUAAACAGUGUCUAUUUUUUUUCUUUAAGUCAAACCUUUAAUGUCUCAAAGAAUCAAUAAACCUGUUUGAGUAAAACAAA